UCGACCCCUUCGUCCACCACUUCUCAUCCCCCUUACCUAAUGUACGACGAAGACGGGACCACGGCGGACCAGAAGAUAGAGGAUGACAGAAGCGUGAUCGAGGCAGGAGGCAUAAGUGGCGAACGUGUUAUCGCGACAGCUGGAGGUAUCGGAGUAGGCGUUGGCAUCGGAAUUGGUGGCUCUGGUGCGGGUCCUGGAGGAAGCACAGGAUUAGCCAGCUAUUGGCAACACGCUACCACCGCUACCGGAUACUGGCCCUCGUUAUUGGACUGUUGGACCACGCCGUCCAUCGCUUCCACCUCGCAGACACUCUCCCUGCCACGAGACGAGAACUGAGAACAGCGCGCGCUAUCGUGAUGCCAGCGAUGUCUUCGCAAGUAAUUCUUACAUUAGUAUCUUGGAUCUGGGGAUGCUAAGUAUCUUUUAUUGUAUUUUUAAUUUCUAUCGUUACACUUUUAGAGGUUAUGAAACUUGUGUUUUGUUAAGCUUCAACUGGCGUGGCGUGGAUCAGAUUGGUGAUCAGUAACGAACAGACAAUUGAUCGGUAAAUAGCUCGCCUCACAACUGAUCUUAUACCGUAGUGGUACCAAAUGCAGAUAAUAAGAAGCGCAACAUUAGAAAAGAAAUACAAAAUGUGAGAAAUACGCGUUAUAUCCGUCAUUGACUUUAUCUAUGUCACGCUAGUUGAAAGUCAAUUCUUUCUUUCUUUCCUUUUGUUCUGUUUUUCCUUUUUUAUUUUCUUCUUUGUGGAUAGGAUUUUGCGAGGACUCCUGGCAUUUACGACGAUGUCGAAUUGUUACUAAAUUGCGGAUAUUUAUGCAAAUUCAUAUUUCUGUGGAUAUAAUUAAAGCAAUAGAACGUAGGCAGAGAAUUGUUUACUUAAAUAUUAUACUUUGAAUAAUUUAUAUAUUCCUGCAUUUUCUAUACAUUUUUUCACAAUCAAAUUUUCUAUAAACGCAUAAAAAUCCGCAGUCUUACCAUUACGUUCAGUCGUACGCUGUUCUUCAUCGAAAUUCGUAGAUCGAGCGUUUAACGGUUAUUUACACGAUUUAACGACAUUCUUCCCAGUGCAAGUAAACGGGAGAAAACUGUACAUAGGAUUGUAAAUGCACGAACAAUGGAACGAUUAUAUUGGCAUAUAAUAUUUAAUGUUUCGAGGUGCAUGUUUCAUCCGUAAAAAAAUGAACGGAAUCGCAGAGAGCGUAGGGCGAAUUUUAAGUUUCCUAAAGAUUGAUUGAGCUUAAUUAGAAUUUUUAUUUUCUUCGCAUUUACAAAAAUGCCACCUGUUCAACAAAUACUCGAGCCAAAGUGCAAUAUUUUCGACUUGAUAGUCGUUCUUCUCGAAAAAGGAAAAGAAAAAUAGUCGCUGAAAGUGUGAUCUAUCGAGCAACGAGCUUUAUAUUUUCGUAAAGAUUUAUUUUUACUUGCGAUUAGUUUCUUCUUCGCGCGUUUGUCACGGGAUAUCGUGCGUUUCGAAACAGAAUUCACGAGCAACGUCGUUGCGGAACUUCGUUGUGUACAGUCUUUCAAGACUCCAAACGAGAAAACGAGUAAAUUUAAUCGCAAAUUAGAAGGAUAACGAGAUGGAAAAGAAGUAACGGGAUGAAUAAUAAAAGAUCCGUCGCGGAUCGAGAUGUACUCAUUAUUCUGUAGAUAUAUGUAUAGUAGACGCUGAUUUUACGCGGUUCGUAAAUAUCUUUCAGAAUUGUUAUAUUGUAAUGAUGAUAAUAAUAACAUUAUCCAGCAGAAUACCAAAAAAAAAAAAAGAAUAAAAGAAAUGAAAAGAGAAACCAUACACAGGCUGUAAGUAAAUGAAAUGGCCACCGUUGCGAUUGCAAACGGUGCUUUGUACAGUGUACGAGGAAAGAAAUCACUUUAUCGACUAUGCGUACGUUAUAAAUAUUAUUAAUAUUAUUGAAUAAUUAUAAAAAAAAAACUGUAUUCGAUACCCUUGCAGGGCACGUGUAACUGGACUUUUGAAGUCCAUCGAUUCAUUCUCUUCGUAUUUCGUUAUUUCAUUACGUUCUCCACCAUAUCUUCAAUAAUACCACUUUUCAUCAACGCAUGUACAUUGUAAAAUUGCUAAAUUAUACAAUCGUUCGAUGAAAUGGAAUCUGGAAUACACAGUUAAAAAGAAGAACAUAGACUAGGCUUUAUAAAUUAAAAAAAAAAAUGGCAUAUCACCAUCGAUAAAACGUGAAUGUAGAGAGGAAAACGAUGUGAAUCGAUCAACUUCGAAAGUCGAUGCAGGCAUAACGCUAUAGAACAAAUAGUGACGUAAGCUAGAUUUAAGAAACGACCGCUAUUUUGUAUGAAUCCCAAUGUCGUACAAAUGUUCGUCGUGAUCACAUAUCCCAGUUCCCGCGGUGAGUGAUUGCAAAUGCCCGCAGAAGACAUGUUCUCAUUCCCGUCGUCGCGUCGUUUCACUCACUACGUGUAAACGUUCCUACUGGGCGAUAUUGAGCGCCGAAAGGCCCCGUUUGUAAUCUAGUCACAAUAAAAACCAAUUCUACUCUAAGCGAAGUCACUGCUUCACCGUCACCUGUCUCGUCCGUCGUUUUAGUUCAAUUGUUCUACGCGAACUUUUAUUUGAUUUAACAACGAGCAAAUAUAUUUCAUACUUUCGCCAAGAAAUCUUUUUCUUUUUUUUUUUCUUUUAAAUAAUAUUACGAUGAAGAUGUACAACAGAAUCUUUUUUUUCAAAUUAGAUACACCGUUAUCCAUAAAUUACCAAACACUUUGUACAGUUAGAAUAGGGAUAAAUGAACAUUGUGAUUACAAAAUGAAGUUGAUGCCAAAGUUAGUCGUUAUUUAAAUAAAAUAUUUUAAGAACGAUUAUUUAAAUAAUAUAUCACCUUAUUUGGUAUAAAUAGAUUUUUUCUGAACUAUGCCAUUAUCUAUGUAGCUGAAAGAACGUGAAUAAUAUUUUCUUUUAUUUUACUUUUUGUUUGAAUCAAUGCUUUUUAAUGAUGAUUUCUCAAGUAAUUUUCAAUUCUGUUGCUACAACUGCAUGGGAAAUAUGUACUUACUGACUUUCACACAGUACCUGACACAUACGAGUUCGGACUUAUUAAUCAAUUUUAUAGAAUCAAGUGUAACUCAUGGACGAGAGCGUAUCGUUAACGAUAACAUCGUAAAAUGUCUUACAGACAAUGUUUCAAAAUACAUAGUCAAAUUACUUCAAUUAUUUCUGUACAGUUACAUAGAUAAUUUUCGAAGAAGGAUAGCCUUUAAACUACGGUUCUGUUUUUAUUGGUUAUCUCUAGCUAGGUUUACUUAACAAAAGAUGCGUACAAAGUUCUAUCGUCAGAACAGGUUAUCAUGAUUUAUACUUGUCAAAAGUACCUUUUCGUAUAGAGUUGCGUAUGCUGCGGCCGCGAAACCUAUUUUCUAACUCCGCGAUGACAUUAACAAGUUGGAUACAAUAGUAUUCCGUUCGAAUGGAAAAGGCAAAAUUCUUUAUCCCAAUUACUCCGCUUUACUUCUCAAACACUUUUUCGUUUAUAUUUUAAUACGAUCGAAUAUUGGGUGAAUUAAUAUUUAACAACGACAUUUCGUUAAUCGUUUGUUAAAAUAGAUAAUUCUCUGUUCUUUCUUCCUGUGUACCAAAUUUUUCUUAGAUGAUUUUAUU